GGCGCUCCCCAUUUGAGUCGUGUGAAAGAUAAAUGUGAAAUAAUAACUUCCUCCAUGAAAGCCCUGCAAUGUUUACUUAAUGUUUAGAAUUGCGUAAGGUACUCGAGGCUCUCAGAACAUUAAUCAGACAAAUCAAUACGCCAGUGUUUGAGGCAGAGUGCCUGGGUCCCUUCACACAGGUGACGCCAAAGGGCACAGUUUGGUCUCGAUAUUCUUCAAACAUCAGUGAAUAUUACUUUGUAGUGUUGUAAUAAUCAUUUAGUAUUGCUAACCAUACGGAGUCCAAGUGGCUAGCUGUAAAGUCAUCACACGAUCGAUACCAAAAAUGACUCCCAGAGACUUUCAUUGCCACCACUCCAGAAAGCAAACUCUUAGUGUUGCUUCACCUGGAGCCCAACGAGCGGCAGUCCUCCUCAAUCCGUGACACGAAAAGGUAAUCUUGUAGAUCGCUAUCGCUGAUCCUCUGCUGCUUCUCGCGCACACCGCUCUGCAUCAGACAUGACAACAGCAGCUACAAGACCAACAGCUGUAGCAGCCAUCAGCAGCCUCCUUCAAGUAAUUUUUGUAAGCAGCAGUACAGCCGUCAAAGAGGAUCGGCUACAACAGAGGCAGCUGCAAGUGCUGAGCGAGAUGGUGUCCGGACCUGCCAGGGGGAAGACUCUGGCGCUACAUCUGGACGCCGCCCUUCCAGCAGACGUGCGGCAGGAAGUCCUUGCUGUGGAGGCUGUGCGGCGCACGCCUCAUUUCACCCUGAGUCUUGGUGUCGACCAUAGCCACAGGCAGCGGUCAAAACAGCAGGUGAAAGCAGCGGCGCUCCCUCGCGGCUCUUCCUCCUCCUCCUCCAUAUUGCACGUCGUGCUGUGGCCCACGGCCCGGCCCGAGCUGCUGCGAGGGUUGUGGCUGCACUGGAAGCCCUGCAACAUGCUACUCUUCAGCCUGGGGUCGUCCCUCGACGCCAGCGUGCUGAGGGAUGAAGCGCUGAGCGGCGUGGAGAAGCUAACGCUGAUCGGACAUAUGUCAGCCGAGGCAGAUCGAGGCUCCGAUGCUCUGGGUGUGUACACUGUGCUACCCUUCUCCAGUGGUGUGCGGCUCCUCGGCCCAUGGGAGCGCGAAUCAUUCAACAGGUGGGAGGCGCUGUUCCCGGACAGGUUUCCGUCCUUCCAAGGAUACACAUUUCACAUUGCUUCUAGACUGAAGGAUGAACCCUUCUUUUUCCCAAGUGUAAAGGAUCCCCUGAAAAGAAACGGAGUCGGAUUAGACAUGAUGGAAUGUUUGUCAGCAAAGCUGAAUUUCAGUUACACCGCGACGAACAACUCGCCGGACUCCAAGUGGGGAGCUUCUUCCAAUGGCGUCUGGGAUGGUGUUCUGGGAAUGGUUCACAGGCGCGAGAAGAACUUCACAAUAAAUAGCUUUCUUCUAGACAUCAAUAGAAGCAGGGACUUCGAUUUCUCCACCCCAAUACAUAUAGAUGGCUUUGGGGUCUACUUGCGGAGUCCGGACCCGCUGCCCAACUGGAUGAGUUUUGCAAAAGUAUUUCAAGGCUCUGUCUGGUUGGCAGUGCUCUUCGCCUUCUUGGCCUCAACCUGUUUCACACUGCUCCGGGUGAGAAGGGUUCCAUGCCUUACUAAUAAAGAAAAAUAUACACGUUUUUGCAUGCAGUAUUUUCUAGCAAUGUGUUCUUCAUUGCAGGAGCGAGUACGUGAAGGAUGGUCACAGUCUCUGGAGAGAAACAGGCCGACGAGGGGUCUAGCCACCAUCUGCUUGGACAUCCAGAGACCACUGGUGGCACAGAGCGUGCCUCUCUUGCCAGCUGCAGUGCCACUGAGGAUCCUGAUGGCUCUGUGGUUCGUGCACGGUCUAGUAAUAACAGUAGCUUAUACAUCCAAUCUGGUAGGAAUUUUCACCAGUCCCGUUUACCCACGCCGUCUCCAAGAUCUGCAGGAGAUCGCCGACAGUGAAUACAGGUCUUUGUCUGACACACAAGCGCGUACUGUAAUACUAAAAUACCUUACUACUGUAAAUACUGAAGCGUAACGAACAGUCUGGAAUUGUGGCUUGUUUUCCCAUCAGGGUGAGCAUGGUGGAUUCCAGCAACGUCAUGUCCACGGCGCUGGAGGAGAGUGAGGAUCUAACCUUGAGAAGACUCAGCAAAAAAGUGGAUCUUUUUCUUACCAAGGAAGACUGCACGGACGCCAUGAUGGAGGACACCCACGCCCUCUUGGUGAGAUCACUUGAAACGACAGUUAUCAAAACAAAAAAGGUGGGUGGUUUCCGAUUAACACUUUGAAAUUAUUUAUCAUUUCGUGAACGU